AUGAUACCCGAUACUGUAAAAUUUUGGACAAUUCUUAUUGUUCUAAUUCCAUCACUUUUAUGUACAUUGUUUUUACUCUAUCAUCUUUUGUUCGAUCGAAAUUUACGUAAUGCUCUUCAUAAUCAUACAAUUACUAUUCUUCUUAUCCUUUGUUUGAUUAAUGAAAUGACAUUUUAUCCGUGGAUGCUUUAUUAUUAUCCAAAUCAAAGUGUCUGGCAACGAUCAUAUAUGUUUUGUCUCUUUUUGGGAUUUCUUGAUUGGUCACUUUACAUUGCUCAUACAUUAAUAUUUGCAUGGGCAAUGAUAGAAAGACAUAUAUUGAUUUUUCAUGAUCAAUGGGUCUCAACAAAAAGGAGACGUUUUUUUGUUCAUUAUACUCCUAUUUUCGUACUUCUUCUUUAUUGGUUUGUUUUUUAUUUUGUUGUUUAUUUUUUUCCACCUUGUCAAAAUCGUCUUCGUCCCUCUUCACUUGUAUGUAUCUAUCCAUGUUUAUAUGACAAUUAUAUACUUUCAAUGUGGGAUUUCUUUGCUCAUCAAAUUGUACCCAUUGCUAUUAUUACUUUAUGUAGUAUUGGUUUAGUUAUACGUGUUUUAUGGCAAAAACAUCGUAUGCGUCAAAUGAUUCAUUGGAGAAAAUAUCGAAAAAUGACAAUUCAAGCAUUAUCAAUUGCAUUUUUGUAUCUUAUUAUUUUAUUACCCUAUACAAUAGUUUAUAUAAUACGUAAUAUAUUUUUUGUAUCAAAUUCUAUCAUCAAUCAAUUAUAUAUAUAUACAGUUUUUCUUAGUUACUUUGUCAUCCCUCUUUAUCCUUUUGUAUGCGCCUUUUCAUUACCAGAAUUACAAAUUAAAAUGAAAAAUAUCUUAAAACUACCAACAACACGAAUUAUGCCGACAACAUAA